CGUAAGUCACAGGAAUUUUUCGAGCACGUGUUUAAUGUGGUAGUUGUGUGGGGGAGUGAAUCGUGUGGAGAGUGGAUAGUGUGGCUAGGACUAGGACAUUAUGGCUAAUUUCCGUUAUAGAAUGAAAGGGAAAGGAAAGCGAUGGAAGAAAGGACACAGUUCAAGUUCGAAUCCUGAAACCAAAAGACAUAGAAAUGUUGCGAAGUCCAGAUUCUUUCAAGAACAUCCUGGGGAAGGUAAUCUGACAUCAGAAGCACUGAAGAAGCAUGAUGCCCUGCUGGGAGCAGGUAGAAGUGGUUCAGAACAAUCACAAGAUGAGGACGGAGAUGCAACUUUUCGAGGAACUUUCAAAACAUUUCAGACAUUUGCUAGUGACUGGAGUGAGUGUUCAAAUGUGUCAUUUAACAAGUUGUUGAAGGGGUUCUGCCCAAGUUCAGCACUUCAUAAAGAGAUGUUGGCUGUUUUGGCUGCUGUUACUGAGGUCAUCAAAACUAAUGGAGGCAAAGAGACCACAGUUGAAUACCUGGGUGCACUGAUGACAACUCUAGAUGUUUGUGAAUCAGAAGAAUCAGUGACUGCUGUUGUCAUGCUACUUGGAAUGGGUAUUAAGAAAGUGCCAAGUGAAAUACUGAAACUCAAAUACUCUGAAAUGGCCAAAACUUUUGUCACCUAUCUUGGGAAGUUUGCUGAGUCAGACAACACAGCUCUUCUGAGAUCGCUGAUUGGUUGUCUUUCCGUGUUGCUGCAAGUGCAGGAGGUUGCAGUGUGGUCCAACCCAUCCACUUUACAGGUGUUUGACACAAUACUAACCUUCACAACACACUCCAAACCUAAGGUGCGCAAAGCAGCACAACAUGCUGUUUGUGCAAUUCUGAAGGGCAGUAGUCUGUUGAUGACUGAAGGUGCUCCUGAACACCAUCCUGCUGCCUCACAUGUAGCUAAGUAUUUGAUCCAGCAGAUUGAGAGUGGGGCUUCUACCACAACAUUACACAGUCUUGGCUUGCUGAAGGAAGUCCUUGCUACAUUUCCCAAACCACAGCUAAAGGCUUCAUGUGAGAGUGUCCUCAAGGUGAUGACCCUUGGUAAUGUUCUAGUCACAUCAUGCUGCAUGCAGAAUCUUUAUGGCCUGUUUGUGUCACGGCCUCCUUCCUUGUCCCUGCCACCACAGCUUAAUGCUCAGCUGAUUACAGCGUUGUUUGACUAUCAGCCAGCUCCAACUGAUCCCCAGCCAACCCUGGCGUGGCUUGCUGUCAUGCAAGAGGCCUAUAUUAAUCUAGCUAGGCUGGACCUCUCACUGUGUUUUGCACAUUUGUCUCGUCUGUUCUCUGCUGGCACUCGGCUGUGGCUGUCUGACAAAGCAGAGGUCAUGAGUGCUGCCACCUUAACUCUGAAAGCUGUGACAGAAGAUUGUAUUGGCCCAGCCUGUUCUGUUGAACUUGUCAAGGCUCAUUAUCAGACACUUGGAAAGUUAUUUGGUAUGAUUGAAAAUGGUCUCACUUACCAGUAUCACUCGGCAUGGUGUCAUGUGUUGCAUCUUCUGGCUGUAUGGUUCCAGGUGGCAGGUGCAACGUGCAGUGGCUUCAUGAUAUCCUGCCUGAAACUGAUGGCUGAGCUGCGGGAUUCAUACAAGUUUUCGAACAUAAGUGAGCUAGAGUUCGCUGUGGGUAGAGCAAUUCGUUCGUUGGGACCUGAGACUGUACUGAAUGCCAUUCCUCUGCAGAUAACUGGAGAGGAGACAAACUAUGAGUUUCAACGGAGUUGGUUGCUCCCUGUGCUACGAGAAAAUGUGUGCAGUUCCCAGAUCAAGUUUUUCCUUAGCUACUUCCUUCCCUUGGCAACUAUCUGCAGGAAGCGAAGUGUUGCUCUAGAAGAUGGGCCUGAUAGUGUUGGAGUCCACAGUUAUAAGCUUCUGCAGUCUCAGAUCUGGGCCCUGCUUCCUUGCUUCUGUAAUAAUCCCACCGAUCUUAAGGAUAACUUCAAGGUUAUUGCGAAAGUACUGGGAACAGCAAUUGGAGAGUACAAAGAUCUACGGCUAGAUACAAUGUCAGCCUUACGCAAACUGAUAACAAGUAGCCAAGAAGCCAACAAUGAGGACAAUGUGAAGGAAAUGGCUCGAUUUGCUAAGAACUACUUGCCCAUCCUGUUCAAUCUCUACACCAGUAAACCAAAAGGCACAGACGAGGAGGGUCAGCGGCUUGCUGCAUAUGAAACUGUUAAGGUUUACUUGCAAAUUGCUAGUCCUCAACUCUGCGAAGAGUUGUUUGAUCGAGCCCUGGAGAAGUUAAAUGCUGCAGAUAUGGAUGCAUUUGUAAGAGAAAGUGUUCUGGAUCUUCUGCGAGCACUUUUGCCUUAUCAGGAUAAGUCUCGGCUUGCUCAACUGUUUUCCAUUUGUCAGAAUAGAUUAUCAAAUACAAAAAACCACCAUGAACAGAAGAAAGCCUACAGGUUGCUGGAAGAAUUGUGUGGGAGCAGUUCAGAUUCUUGCAAAGCGUUUGUGAGUGACAUUCUGCCUGAUUUAGAGAAACUCCUCCUUCAUUCACUGUCGACCUCAGCCGCCUUCACCAAAGGACCACGUCUCCGAUGCCUCAGCCAUCUUGUGAUGAGGUUAGAUCGCUCCCAGCUGGAUGUGUUGCAGCAGAUUGUUCCUGAAGCCAUACUCUGCUGUAAGGAUAUCAAUGAAAAAUGUCGCUCAGCAGCUUAUAGCUUGCUGGUUUUGAUUGGUCGUGUGAUGCAGAAGCUGGAGUAUUCAGGAGAAGAUACGAUGAGAGACUACAUAGGACUGCUGCUAGCUGGGCUUGCUGGCUCACCAAAUCUGAUAUCUGCAACCAUCCUCGCCCUGGCCAGAGUUACUCAUGAGUUCAGAGAUUCCAUGUCCAUGGACUUGGUGAAGAUGGUGCUGGAGAACGUGUGUUUGCUGAUGACUACACGCACACGUGAGAUAGUGGGAUCAGCACUGAGUUUCAUCAAAAUGUUCCUCACUUCAUUCUCAUAUGACACUGUUGCACCAGAAGUUUCCCAUAUUGUAAAAAGUAUUGUAGGAAUGACAGAAGACUGCAAACACCAUUUUCGCUUGAAGACACGUAACCUGUUCGAUCGCCUUGUCCGGAAGUUUGGAUUUGAUACCAUAGUGGCUGUCAUUCCAGCAAGUGAUGUUAUUACUCACAAGCGGUUGCGUAAUCUGCGUAAGAUCCAGGCUAGGAAGAAAAAUAUGCAGGCCAAGGAGAAUCAAGAUGAAGAUGAGAGUGAUCCAGAGAAGUCAUUUGUAGUAAGGGCACAACCUAAAAGCAUUGAAGAAAUCCUGGCUGAGUCAGAAGAAUCUGACUUGGAAGUUGAUACAGUUUCUGAAGUAAAGUCAAAAAAGAAAAAGGAUACAAAUAUGUGGAUCCAUGAAGAUGCAGAUAGCAUUGUAGAUUUUACUGAUAGGACUGCUGCCGGGAAGAUUACAGCAACACAACCUGGUGGGAAGGGCAUUGUGGCCGUGCAGAAGAUUAAGAAGAAGAAGUCUGCAUUUAGAACUGCAUCAGAUGGGAGGCUGAUUAUUACAGAGGACGGCAGCGGCAGUGAAGAGGAAGAAUAUUCCCAUGACUUGGACAGUGACAAUGAAGAGAAAGAUGAGGACACGAAGUCACGGAGAAAACCAGCUGGCCGGAAGAGGAAGUUAAGUGGGAGUACAGAUGCAAGCCAACCUGCCAUGAAGUAUCAGGCCGGAGGUUUAGGCAUCCAUCGACCUACAAAGCGCCCUUCAAGACAUGGUCAUGGGAAUUCAGUAAAGCCUGGGUUGGAGUACCGAGCCAGAAAAGCUAAGGGUGAUGUGAAGAAGAAAGGCAAACCUGAUCCUUAUGCAUACCUGCCCCUUUCUCGCAAAGCACUCAACAGACGUAAGCAGAAGAAGAAUACAGGCCAAUUCAAGAGUUUGUGCCAAGCUGCUCAUAAAGGUGCACAGAAGGGAACUCGAGCCAGAAAAAAUAGACACAAGAAAUAAUAACCGAAAGAUAUUGUAAUAUUGUAAACAUCAGAAUUAAAUUAUUGUUAUAUUUAUGGCUUAA